AUGGUGCAUCCGUACGCCCGUCGCCUCGACCUGCAUCGAGAGCCGUUUUACCCCUCCUUGACUGCAGAUCAGCUCCGACAGCGUUCUCUCUUUGCUGACCACUUUUCAACUUCGCCCAAGCCUGGAAAACCCCCACGAGAGACCGCGCCGUCGGCGCUCCCUGCUUCCCUCUCUGCGAGGUCCGACGACGCCCGCGGAACGUCCUCUGCCGCGGGGUCGCUGCAUGCAGUCAAGCUCCAUCACCCCUCGCGAGAGGCUGUCAAACUCCGUGGACGCGUUCGACAGAACGGCCUCAAAUUCAACAGCUCGGGCGCCCGGUUGGUAGUCGCCUCCAGAGACUCGGUCCUCCUUCUCCACGCCUACAACAUUGUCACUGAAAACCAAAUCAACUCACCCGGCGUCUCGCUCGUCUUGCCCCACAACGCACACCCUGACGUCGUCGCCGUCGCCGGACAAGAAGCCCCGCGGCAGUCGCCGUAUAUUCGGAUCUUCGACGUUCGCGUGCCGUUCAGCAGCAAAGCGAGCAGCGCGUCUUCGCGAGACACGCCGGUGCUGGAGUUUUGGGGUCCUGCCGAGGAGGCUUGGUGGACGGGCUGUUGGAGCAUCAAGAACGACAAAAUCGUCUGCGUGGAUCGCCGAGAUGUCCUGCACGUCGUCGACCUCCCGGCAGCUGUACAGACACCCCAGCGAACCGCCAUCAGCAUCCCCGCGUCCCAGCAAGUCAUUGGAGCGCGUCCGGCGUCUCUGACGGCUUCCGCGAGCUCGGCUCCCGCGAAGGCGACGGACGGCGCGAAGAACGGCGCUCUUUCGACUCCGAGCAAAGGCAGUGGCAGUGGGAAGCUGCAGGCGAAGAGUGGGGUAGCGCUCUCCGCGCCUGGCUCUUCUGAGAAAGGCUCUCCCUCGCCACGAGGCCCCAAAGCGUCCGCUUCGAGGCGGCAGGAGACGCUCGCUGCGUCGCGGUGGAUCACCACGCGACAGUUGCCAGGUGUGACGAAUUCCGCGGCGUUCAGCGCGUCGGGGGAACUUCUUCUCCUGGGCCAGGACGACGGAUCGCUGAAGGUCUUCCCUGCGAAUCCACUUCUUCCCCUCGCAGACGCGCCGUUCUCGCUCGACGCUUUGCACCCUGGAGGCGUCACGUGCGUCGCGGCAGACCCCACAAACGCCUUCGUGGCCUCUGGCGGCAACGAGCAGCUGGUCAACCUCCUGGACGCGGAGACACUCGCAGUUGUCGGCUCUUUCGGACGAACGGGCGGCGCUGUUCAGGCUCUCGACUUCUCCUUCGACGGUCGCCUCCUCGGCUGGGGCUGCAGAGAACACGGCGCAGGCGCCUUGGGCGGAAACGGAGCCGAUCGGGACGGGAGCUCGCGAGAGAGCGCCGAGGCGUCUCUUGCGUCGCCGAACGAGGAGAGCGAAUCGUUCCUCACCCUCGCAGGGACCGAUCCGUGCGAAAUCUACUUCCAGUGCCCCACAGCCUCGCCCGUGGCUGCUCUCGCGUUUCACCCCUCGCGCUACAUCUGCGCCUUCGCCACGGAGACAGAUCCCACGCAGAGCCCGCAGACGGCGCAGACUGGCACGCGCGCCGGUUCAAAUUACUGGGCAAAGCAAGCCGGCGGAGCCGCGGCAAGCGCCUCUGUGCACCCUCUGGGAAUUCUCACGUUUGAGUAG